CAACUUUGAUAUCAGGUGACUAACACAGCCAGGCCAAUUGCAUCGGGUGGUGUUUAUAAAUAGUCCCCUUGCCUAGCUCCAGAAGCUCCAGACCAGAUCCUGCAACCCUGCUGAUUUCAAGCACCUGCCUCUACAGCUCAGAUGGCAUUAUCCCAGUAUGUUCCCUUCUCAGCUACAGAGCUUCUCCUGGCCUCCGCCAUCUUCUGCCUGGUGUUUUGGGUGGUCAGUGCCUCAAAGUCUCAGGUCCCCAAAGGCCUGAAGAGCCCUCCAGGGCCAUGGGGCUGGCCCCUGAUCGGGCAUGUGCUGACCCUGGGGAAGAACCCACACCUGGCAUUGUCUAAGAUGAGCCAGCAGUAUGGGGACGUGCUACAGAUCCGCAUUGGCUCCACGCCUGUGCUGGUGCUGAGUGGCCUGGACACCAUCAGGCAGGCCCUGGUGCGGCAGGGAGAUGAUUUCAAGGGCCGGCCCGACUUCUACAGCUUCACCCUCAUCACUGAUGGCCAGAGCAUGACCUUCAACCCAGACUCUGGACCAGUGUGGGCUGCCCGCCGGCGCCUAGCCCAGAAUGCCCUCAACACCUUCUCCAUCGCAUCCAACCCAGCUUCCUCAACCUCCUGCUACCUGGAGGAGCAUGUGAGCAAGGAGGCUGAAGCCCUAAUCAGCAAGUUUCAGGAGCUGAUGGCAGGGGCUGGGCACUUUGACCCCUACAGCCAGAUGGUGGUGUCAGUGGCCAAUGUCAUCGGUGCCAUGUGCUUCGGGCAGCACUUCACCCAAGACAGUGAGGAGAUGCUCAGCCUCGUGAGGAACAGCCACGAGUUUGUGGAGACUGCCUCCUCUGCAAACCCCGUGGAUUUUUUCCCCUUCCUUCGAUACUUGCCCAGUCCCACCCUGCAAAGGUUCAAGGACUUCAACCAGAGGUUCGUGCGCUUCCUACAGAAAAUAGUCCAGGAGCACUAUCAGGACUUUGACAAGAACAGUAUCCAGGACAUCACAGGUGCCCUGUUCAAGCAUAGUGAGAAGGGAUCUGGAGCCAGUGGUUGCCUCAUUGCCCGGGAGAAGAUUGUCAACCUUGUCAAUGACCUCUUUGGAGCAGGGUUUGACACAGUCACAACAGCCCUCUCCUGGAGCCUUAUGUACCUUGUGACCAAGCCUGAAAUACAGAAAAAGAUCCAGAAGGAGUUGGAUACAGUGAUUGGCAGGGCACGGCAGCCCCGGCUGUCCGACAGACCCCAACUGCCGUAUAUGGAGGCCUUCAUCCUGGAGACCUUCCGACAUUCCUCCUUCGUCCCCUUCACCAUCCCCCACAGCACAACAAGAGACACGACACUAAACGGCUUCUUCAUUCCCAAGGAAUGCUGUGUCUUCGUAAACCAGUGGCAGGUCAACCAUGACCAGGAGCUGUGGGGGGACCCAUUUGAGUUCCGGCCAGAGCGAUUCCUCACCGACAAUGACACUGCCCUCAACAAGCCCCUGAGUGAGAAGGUGCUGCUCUUUGGCCUGGGCAAGCGCCGCUGCAUUGGGGAGGUCCUGGCCAGGUGGGAGGUCUUCCUGUUCUUGGCCAUCCUGCUGCAGCAGCUGGAGUUCAGCGUGCCCCCAGGUCUGAAAGUGGACCUGACCCCCAUCUACGGGCUGACCAUGAAGCACCCCCGCUGCGAGCACGUCCGGGCGCGGCUGCGCUUCUCCAUCAAGUGAAGAAGCCACCACCAUACCAGUGCAGGGGAGCGGGGGGGUCACCUAUGGAGUCCAGCCCUUGUGUCUUUUCCUUUCUUUUUAACAAAAUAAUGGGUUUGUGGAAAGAUAAUUUUUUACCACAUAAUUCACCUUCUUAAAGUGUACAAUCCAACGGCUGUUAGCGUAUUCACAGAGUUGUGCAACCAGCAUCACAAUUUUAGAACAUUCUCAUCACCCACAAAAGAAGCCCCGUACCCAUUAGCAGUCUCUGCCCAUUUCUUCCUAACCUUCCUCCCAUGCCCUACCAGACCUAGGCAACUACUAAAUGACUUUUUGUCUCCAUAGAUUUACCUACUCUGGACAUUUCAUGUAAAUGGAAUUAUAUAAUGAGUGGUUUUUUGUGACUGGCUUCUUUCACUUGCUGUGGCACGUAUCAGUAAGCCCAUGUUUCUUGCAUCCUGAGAUCAGGUCCAGAUCUGCUUUCUCAAAAAUCUUUCACGGGCAUUUCUUUCAUGUUCUCUUCUCUUUUCCGUUUGACCCAAGUCCUUGAAUACUUGAGGAGAAUAACGAUGAAGGGAUCCAGCCUUGUGGCCUGAACCCAAAUGGAUAAAUGGGGAUUGCUCCUCAAAGGGUAGAACACAUGACUUCUCACAAGGCCUUGAUUUGUUCAGCCACAGUCAGGGGAAGACAAAGUCCCCCAGAAGAUCUUGGGUUACUUACCCAGGUCUCAUCAAAGAGCAAUAUCAAAGGCGGUGCCUGUGGCUCAGUCGGUAAGGCGCCAGCCCCAUAUACCGAGGGUGGCGGGUUCAAACCUGGCCCCGGCCAAACUGCAACCAAAAAAUAGCCAGGCGUUGUGGCGGGCGCCUGUAGUCCCAGCUGCUCAGGAGGCUGAGGCAAGAGAAUCGCUUAAGCCCAGGAGUUGGAGGUUGCUGUGAGCUGUGUGAGGCCACGGCACUCUACCGAGGGCUAUAAAGUGAAACUCUGUCUUUACAAAAAAAAUAAAAAAUAAAAUAAAUAAAAAAAAAAAAAAGAAAGUGAAAAGAUGAUCCAAGAACAGGAGAAAAUAUUUGUAAAACAUGGGUCAGCACCUGUAGCCCAGAGGCUAGGGCGCCAGCCACAUACACUGGAGCUGGCAGGUUCAAACCCAGCCGGGGCCUGCCAAACAACAAUGACAAUUACAACAACAACAAAAAUAGCUGGGUGUUGUGGCGGGCGCAUAUAAUCCCAGCUACUCAGGAGGCUAAGGCAAGAGAAUCACUUAAGCCCAAGAGUUUGAGGUUGCUGUGAGCUGUGAUGCCACGGCACUCUACCAAGAGCAACAUAGUGAGACUCUGUCUCAACAAAAAAAAAAAAAAAUGAACAAAGAACUCAAAUAAACAGCCCGGGUAACAGAAUAAGACCCUAAGUCUAAAACAAACAGAAAUAAUAACAAGUGUUGUUGAGAAUGUGGAGAAAUUUUAACCCUCGUGCAUUGCUUAUAGGAAUGUAAAUGGUACAGCUACCAUGGAAAAUGGUUUGACGGUGCCUCAAAAAGUUAAACAUCAAAUUACCAUAUAAUCUAGCAAUUACUCCUAGAUAUACACCCUAAAGAAUUAGAAAUAAGAGCUCAAACAAAAACUAGUACAUGAAUGUUUAUAGGAGCCUUAUUUGACUGCCCACUAUGAGAUGAAUGGAUAAACAAAAUAUGGGAUAACGAAAUAUUAUUUAGCCAUUAAAAGGAACUAAAUUCUGGUUCAUGUUACACGGAAAAUGUUUCCCUUGAAAACAUUAUGCCAAGCGAAAUAAGGAAAAGAACAAAUAUAUGUAUAUAUGUAUUUUUUUUUGUUGAGACAGAGUCUCAUUAUGUUACCCUUGGUAGAGUGCCAUGGUGUCACAGCUCACAGCAAUCUCAAACUCUUGGGCUUAAGCGAUUCGCUUGCCUCAGCUUUACAAAUAGCUGGGACUACAGGUACCCACCACAAUACCUCAGUGUAUGUGACUGGUGCCAUAAUCACUGUGCUAUGGGUGCCGAGCUGGAAAAGAACAAAUAUUGUUUGAUUUCAUUUAUACAGGGUACCUGGAAUGGACAAAUUUAUAGACAAAGAAAAUAGAAUGAUGGUUACUAGGGACUGAGAGGGGGUAGGAAUAAGGAGUUAUUGUUUAAUGGUACAGAGUUUGUUUGGGAUGAUGAAAAGUUCUGGAAAUGGAUAGUGUGAUGGUUGCACAACAUUGUAAAUAUACUUAACACUACUAAACUUUACACUGAAAAUGAUUAAAAAGAUAAAUUUCAGGGCGGCGCCUGUGGCUCAGUCGGUAAGGCGCCGGCCCCAUAUACCGAGGGUGGCGGGUCCAAACCCAGCCCCGGCCAAACUGCAAAAAAACAAAAAAUAGCUGGGCAUUGUGGCGGGCGCCUGUAGUC